CAACUGUGACUUGCGCCUCUAUGGAGCGCAAGGUCGCCCUUCACCGUUGGGCAACGCUUGCCUAUGUAAUCCUGCUGCUGUGUGAAUCUCCCGCUCUGUCGAUGGCCUUCUGCGUGCAUCACUCUCGCUACCUUCGCUCCGCGAGCUACGCUCGAAGCUUCGAGUCUGCUCGACUAGCCGCCGCGACUUCCACCCCGCCACGACGGAAAGGCAUGCGCCGUGGCAGAGCGACGAGCAUGCUACACUCCGACGCAUGCGGAGGGUCUACCUCUGCUUCUUCUUCUCAAGUUCAGCUUUCGCAGUUGCCUACCGCAAUGGACAGAAUUUUACCUUUCGGGCGCUGCGUCGGGGUAGCGUUGCCUCCAACCUUGACUGAUGAUGUCAUGACUGCAGCAGGGGAAGAGCUCUUGCCCAAGGAGAUGGCGUACUGCCUGGGGCUGCCAAGAGCACUGCAGUUGGGUUUUCUCGGCGGGAGGCUUGCUAUCCGUCGCGCGUUAAACGGCAUGGAGGACGUUUCAGCAGCCGCUUCCUCACAAGCCAUCCUUCACAACCAAGACGGUGCCCCGGUGCUGCCAGAAGGAGUCUCCGCGUCCAUCAGCCACAAGCAGCAUUUGGCUGUUGCUCUCGUGCAGUCCGGUUGUGAGGGGCACUUGGGUAUCGACAUCGAGCUUCCAGCCGUGCAGAGGCGUUUGGACCUGCGCCGACGAGUGCUGACGCCGAGGGAGUGCGAUAGCCUUGGUGGCGUUGAUGGGAUGAGUGACCAGGAGGAGGUGCUUCUAAGGUUUUCGAUGAAGGAGGCGGUGUACAAGGCGGCGCAUCCGUUUCUACAUCGCCCGCUGGGAUUCAAGGAUGUGGAGGUGCAGCCUGUGCGAGGGGGAGGGUGCGAGGUGCGUACGACCACGAGAGGGGCAUGGGGAGGCCUUCGACUGUCCGCGGGCUGGAUGUUCUUUCCCGACGUGCUUGGUCAGCCCUUGUUUUUGUCGUAUUGCAAGGCGGUUGACGGUGGUGUGUCCAGUAGCAGCAGCAGAAGAAGAAGCACAAGUGUAAGCAGUAGCGGUGGGCAAGGGAGAUAGCAGCUCGCCCCAUACAUUUCCUGUCUGCAUUGUGACAAGCAACUUCACCACUCGGGGUUUUCUCUUGUGGCUGGGCGUGUGCGAUACAUGUAUAUAUGCAUUCUUGUCCCAGUUUUUACGGAGUUUCAAACAAGGAUCUAAACUAGUCAGGCGAGGGGGUCUACGUUGUCUGCGCAUGUGCGCGCGUGGUGUUGGUCGACGUUCACCAUGUCCCCCUGGAUUGCUGCAGUGGCACGUGCAGACUAUGGCCGUAGCACAUGGGGGGAAUGGGAGACACGAACAUUUGUGCUAGGACAUCGAGGACAACCUUCUAGGACCGUUUGUUUGAUUUCGCACUUACUUGCGGGAUAUUCAGGAAGACAAGCGGCGCGGUAGGAGGAGUGUAUCUUGAGCAAGCGCUGUCGGCGGACUUGAUGUUAUUCCUCUUUCCGAACAUUUUCCGUCGCUCGCAGUGCUUGGCUACCCCAGUAUAUAGCCUAGCCUCUCUAAUUGAAGAGCCUUGAUCCGGUAUCUGGUUCCUCUGGGGUGCAUGCCGUGGCUGGUGUUUCGCGGUUGGGGCUCGCCGUCCUUCCCUCAUCGAGGACCAUUGAAACGUAGUGCCAGUGUCUCCAGCAGUGCUAUCGUACAAUGCUACAAUAAUAGUUGUUAGUGGCGCUGUUGUGC